GGAGAUUGAGCACAUUAUUGUGACGAAACGGUCUCUCGGUUGUAGAUUUAACGGGUUUUGCGUUAUUUUGUGUAGUUCUAAUCGUUUUAAACAAGUGCAUGGUUUGUGCCUUUAAUUCGGACUCACUGCACAGUCCCGCCUCCUUUAACAGCCACUAGUUGUUCAGAAAAACAGGGACAUGAACUGCAAGCAUAGUAACAUGACACUUUUAAACAUUUGGCAAUAGCGUCCAUUCGCUGAACGGGUGUGCCUGUCUUAACCGAUAAGACUUGACAGUUAUAAAGUGAGCCUUCAGCCAAUACAAGCAACGGAGAAGAAAGAAAUCCACAUUGAUUGGAGGCAACGGACACGAGCAAAGUUCACAUUAGUGACACAUUAUUCAACUGCUGUGGUGACCAAGCAUGUCUAGUAGAAACACCAUAGAGAAAUACCUUCGAAAUGGAGGAUUAUGUCCGCUUAAAUCUCCACAGUAAACAGCUUUGUGCAUAGUGUGUGUGAGUAACGUAGUGAUUACCUGCGGUGAGUUUUGGGGUUCACAAGGUAAUUGGUUCUGACUCAUACGAGACCUGCAGGUGGACUGAUAAAAAGCUGCAGUGCGCAUGUGCACGUUUUAUCUUAACUUAAAACUCCUACUUUUGCACCAUUGUUUUUUCUGAAGAUCCACACCAGUAUAGUUUUUUGUUUACUUUCUAUAUAGAUCUAAAUGGGUAGGAUUCGUGUAGCAGUCAUAGGGGCCGGGGCCGCAGGGCUCUGUGCAGCUCGACACAUCUUGUCUCGGUCUGAGAUUUUUGACCCACCGGUGGUGUACGAAUUGACUGGGCACGUGGGUGGCACCUGGUUCUAUGAGGAUCGAGUGGGAACCUUAGACAAUGGAUAUCCCAUCCACAGCAGUAUGUAUAAGAGCCUCAGAACAAAUUUGCCCAAGGAAGUUAUGAUGUUCCCCGAUUUUCCAUUUGAUGAUCGCCUGCCUUCUUUUUUGCACCAUACAUCAGUUCAGGAGUAUUUGGAAAAGUACUGUCAGACCCAUGAUAUUGCUCCUCAUAUCAAGUUCAACACCGUGGUGGAAAAGGUGAAGCCCAUCUCCAUGGAGACGGAAACAGGGGGAGCUGUGACGUGGAAGUUAAUUUCGCGAGAUGCAUGUGGGGACCGGAACGCUGAGACGUUCGACUCCGUGUUUGUCUGCAGCGGGCAUUAUUCCGACCCCCACCUGCCCUACAUUUCAGGAAUAGAGCAUUUUAAAGGUAAAGUGAUUCACAGUCACUCAUACCGGUAUCCAGAGCCCUUCGCUAACAAGUCAGUUGUGGUCUUGGGGGCCGGAGCUUCAGGGGUGGACAUUUCCGUUGAGUUAGCCCAAGUCCAUGCUCAGGUCAUUCUAAGUCAUAACAAACCACCUCUGGCAUUUCCUAUGCAUCUGGGUAUCCAGCAGACAUCACCUGUUGUUAAGGUGUCAGAGGAUGGAUCUUUACACUUCCAGGACGGAUCAGUGACCCAGGCUGAUGUUCUUCUGCUCUGUACAGGAUACAAUUUUAACUUCCCCUUCCUUUGUCCAUCCGAACUGGGCCUAGAGAUACAGGACCAUGUUAUGACUCCACUCUACAAGUUCUUGCUGCCCCCUGCCUUCCCUUCAAUUUUUUUCAUUGGCAUUUGCAAAAUUAUUUGUCCUUUUGUACACUUCCACUGUCAGGUUCAGUUCGCCCUUGCCAUUCUUGAAGGGUCCGUGAAGCUGCCCACCCAGGAGGAGAUGGAGAAGAUAACACAGGAAGAGAUGCACAGAAAACAAGAGAAAGGUGUACAGGUGAAGCACCUGCUCCGUAUGGACUCUGACCAGUGGGGUUAUUACCUGGACCUGGCCAGGACGGGCCGAUUCGAACCACCGCAGCCAGUCAUUCAGAGCCUGUAUGAAGAGGUGGCCAAGCAGAGGCGAAAACACCCACAAAGAUACAAACAGAUGAACUACAGGCUCAUUGAUGCCACACAGUGGGAGCUCGUGGAACAUCCAUCAGAUCAGGCUGAUGAUGUUUAAAGGGGACAUUUCACGAGGAUUUUUUAAGAUGUGAUAAAUUUUUUGGUGUCCCCUUAUAGUACAUAUUUAACGUUCUAGCUCAAAAAUAUUAUAUAGAUAAUUUAUUAUAGCAUAUUAAAAUUGCCACUUUGUAGGUGUGAGCAAAAAUGUGCUGUUUUGGGUGUGUCCUUUAAAAUGCAAAUGAGCUGAUCUCUACACUAAGUGGUGGUGCCGUGGUUGGAUAGUGCAGAUUAAGGGGUGGUAUUAUCCCCUUCUGACAUCACAGGGGGAGCCAAAUUUCAAUAAGCUAUUUUUUUAACAUUUGGUUUACCAAAACUAAGUUACUAGGUUGUUCUUUUUCACAUUUUCUAGGUUAAUAGAACCACUGGAGACCCAAUUAUAGCACUUAAACAUAGAACAAGUCAGAUUUUAUGAUAUGUCCCCUUUAAGGAUAAAUUAAUGAGAUUUAUACCAUAUGCAUUUUUAAGGUGGGCACCUCAUAAAAGGAUGUGUUCUUUUCCAAGGAAGGGAGUCUUGUUAAUAGUGUAAUAUUAAGAUUUAGAAUUUACUUUGAAUUAAUUAAUAUAUUCACACUAAAUUUAAUUAUAAACAUUAAAAUAUACAGUGUGUUUUAAAAGUUCAAGACCACUGAGGAAAAAUAAUUUUACUAAGCUGGACAUUUAUAAGUGUACUUCUUGUGAUCAAACACUUGACCUUUGUGUUGCUAACAUGAUGCUCUACUAACUGAGCUACAGGAAUUUGAUUACUUACUUGAUUAUUGAUAUAAACAUAAAAACUAUUUUAAUAAAUAUAAAAAAUUAAUAAAUAUAUUUUUUUAAUUUUGUCUUUUAUUUUUUUAACUUAAAACAUAAGUAUUAAUUAUUUUGUAAUAUAAUAAAUUAUUAUACAAAUAAAAUGCAAAACUAAAAUAAUUUAUAUGCCUCUUUUGGUUUUUUACCUGGAAAAAAACCAUUAAAGUGAGCAUAGUUGUUUAUAAAUAUUUAUCUCACACUUUGCAAACUAGUGUUGAUGUAAAUAUGCGAUAAAUUUAUGUUACGC